AUGAAUGUAAGGAAAUUCAGUAGUGAAGAAGUACCACAAGAGUUUUUGAAAUGGCUUCUUUCGAUGGGUUGUCCUGCUGACAUCGUGCCUUCUGUCGACAAAAUGCCUUUAUUAUGUCGUGGACAAUACAAUAUGAUAUGGAAGAGUAUGAUGGAACACAUUUCCUCUAAAAAUGCCAUUAGGAACAAACGAAUACAAGUUUUCCUAGAUGACAUUUCAAAAUGUAGAAAAAGAUGUUCAUUUAAUGAGAAAACACAAUCUGUUAUUGAACCAAUACAACUGACACUUUGGAUGCAGAAAAUUGAAGCAAAGAAGAAAUUAUUGGAAAAGGAAACAAGAAUUGCUCAAGCACACAAUGAUCUUAUAAUUGUGGAUAAAAUAUCUAGUUUACUUACACAGAAAAAGCUAUCAAGUAUUAAAGUGGAGAAUUUGCAACGACGCUCUUGGUUACUGCAACAAGUUUUAGCAGAGUUUGAGAGUAAGAAGAAACACUUAGAGGAAACAAGAGAUAUUGCCAAGUCACUUUGCAAUAUCAGUGCAAGUGACAAUCUUGAGAGUAAACUUGAGAAGUGUAUGGGGUUAAUAAAACAAAAUUUGACAUCUCAGACUUCUCAGACCAGUACAUUUGCCGAAACUGAUUCAGAAGAGACUCUAGAAUUGCUAGUGAAAUACCGUGGAGAUGUCCUCUGGAAUAAUUUAAAUGAAAAGCGAGCCUCACUAGUCAGAGAGCUAGAGAUGGCCCACAACGAGAGAAGGGAAAACGUCGGUAGAGAUGUUGGAAAAGUGGAGGCUGCGGUGUCCCACUCCACGAGAGCGCAAUGCUCCUUGGCCUUGCGGAGCAUGAAGAAUCGCCAACACGUGAAGCACGCCCAGAAACAACUCGCUGCGAAUAUUGAACUCCUCGGGGCGAACUUGAGCGCCGAGUCGUGCGAGCUGUUGGUGUUGAACUGCGAAAGAGCUUGCGCCCGAGCGAAAGUCUCGGCUCUGAAGGAAAUGCUGGACGACGUGAAACAUUCGCGCGGAGUUUUCUCUCUGGAAGAACCCGCGACCGACGACAGUCGCACGACCGGGCGACUAGUCGCAAACGCAGACAAGGACAUAGAAAGGGAGCGCAACGAGCUAGUGAAGUACUUGACGGCGCAAGAGGCCACCGAGCACAAAAUCAGCGGCGUCAAGACGUGUCUGACCAGGGUCUUCAAAGCCUUUCAUACAAAUUCUGCCAAGGAUUUAAUUAAAGACGGCCAAUUCAAUUUCCCGCGAGAGUCGGUGGCCGCCCUGCACAAGUUCUUCUCGGAGAUACGCCAGAGGGAGGCGAACGGACGCGACCUGAGUCUGGAGUUCGACGCCUCCGACGCGAUUGUGGACCGAAGCGAUCGCUCGACCGAGCUGAAGAUAUAUCUCCAGACCUUCAGCUUGGAGAAGAACAGGAAAAUUCUUUUGAAAAGCGGCGAGAAAGUGUGGAUCUCCGACACCCUGAAGUCUUCGACGGAACGCCUCCGACGGCAGUGGCUGCUCGACGACGUCGCGCCGCCGUUGUGUCCGGCCGCCGGUGUCGAAUAUAACCUGGAGCAGAUCAUCGACGACGCGGAAGACGUCCGGGGGCUGGAGGAGGUCGCGAGAGGACUCGCGUCCGGAGAUGCGCCCGGCGAAGGAGGCCUCGGUGAGGGUGGACCCGUAGAUCGGCCGAUUCGGACGGAUUUAGUGGACGUCCGAUGUAAUGUCGCUUCUGUUUUAGAUGUCGGAGACCCAUCUCGAGCGGACGAAGCGUACGAGGACCGCUUAAAGAAGAGAAUUGCGGAAAACUUGGGCGUCUUGGAGAGAACUAAGAAAAAUUUGGACAUUGCGGAAGAAAACCUGAACUUCUGGGCGCGAGACGAGAUGAAGAAAUAUAUAUCGUCGACGAGAACCGUGGACGGGAAGAGCUUCGCAGAAUACGAAAGUUUAUAUUCUAAGGCCAUUGUAACUAAGUAA